CAUCUUGUUUGCAAACUUAUUCAUAAAGAACAUUGUUCAUUGUACUUUAUCUCUAAAGUCAUGAGCCAUGUAAGCUUUGUUUGAUUACUGUUUUAUACGUCAUUAUCAAAACACACUUGGUUAUUAUCAUCGUGUCUAAUCGCCACACUUAUAUUUUCUAUUUAUUUUUUACUCAAAAAUAUACUAAUCUGCAAUAUAAACGUGAAAAUGACUGUGCUCAUAUCAAGAUAAGCUUGUGAUUAAACAUUUUAUCUCGCGGCACACGAAUUUACAUUUGAGCGUCCUUGCCUCUUGGCGCCCUUCGGCAAGUCGGCAGUCACGCGAGAGCGACGCUGCAGUGCGGACGUGCAUGUCGCUGCUAUUACAAACACGUAAAUGUGAACAGACUAACAGUUUUGCUUAGAGAAACAAUCGUAAUAUAAAACAUGUUUUGUUCGACCUCUGAAUCAUCAACACCUACUUAAUAGCAACUAAUGACAUCGGCAGCUAUGCGAGUGAUCGUCGGCCGGCACACGCUAUCGAACCACGGAGGACGUGACUCUGAUGCCAAAGUAAUCACUCCGCUAUACCUCUCCACUUAGAUAGGCGUUUUGAAUGUUUUAUAUUUUACAUUUAUAACGUAGUUUCAUUUACACGUGCGUUGAUAUUAACACACAUGUGAAGUGAAGUGCCAGUGCUAGUGUUGUGACCGGCUGGUAAGUCCAGCUAUUGUAACAAGUAGUGCGUGUCCGGAGCGGUCCGGCGUGCGCUAGUCCGGGCCGGUACGCGGGCCCGAUGUUGGCGGCGUCAUGGCCUUCAUGACGAAGAAAAAGCGCUACAAGUUUGGGGUGCAGUGCUGUUUGGAGGAGCUCACUGAGGUGCCUUUCGUGUCUGCGGUGCUGUUCGCCAAAGUCCGCUUGCUCGACGGCGGCAACUUCCAGGAACAUUCUAGCAGGGAGGAGGUGCGGAACCACGCAGUGCGGUGGAACGCGCAGUUCUCGUUCGUGUGCAAGAUGUGCGCCAACGCGAGCACCGGCGUGCUGGAGCCGGCGCUGAUGCGGGUCUCCGUGCGCAAGGAGUGCAAGGGCGGCCGGUCAUACCAGAAGCUGGGCUUCUGCGACGUGAACCUGGCGGAGCUGGCGGGCGCCGGCGAGACCACGCGCCGCUGUCUGCUGGAGGGCUACGACCCGCGCCGCCGGCAGGACAACUCGGUGCUGCGCGUGCGCAUCAAGAUGAACAUGAUCUCCGGAGACCCGCUGUUCAAAGUGCCGGAGCGCAAGCAGGAAGCGGCGGAGGGCCUGACGGGCGGCGACAGCGGCUCGGAGAGCGCGGCCGGCGCCACGCAGCCCGACGACGACUGCGCCUCCUCCACCGCCUCCUCCGGCUUCGGCUCCCUUACCAAGAAGAAGAACUAUGAGGGUAGCAUGUCACAGCCGCUGUCACUAGUACCUUCGUGCGAGCUGCCCACGCCCGACGGCGAGGAGUCACCGCUCGGCACCUCCGCGCCCGACCAACCCGGCCUGACGCUGGCGGCGGCCAGCAGCGCCCCGAGCGCGGGCCCCGCGCCGGCCGCCGCGUCCUGCGCGUCCUGCAUGCAGCAGCAGCAGCACACGCACUCGCGGAACUCCUCCAACACUUCCGGUGACAUGAGUAGCAAGGCCUCCGGCUACGGCAGCUCGUCGGCGGCGUCUGCGCACUCGCGGCAGAGCUCGGAGGGCGACUCGGCCGGCGACUCGUCCCGCCCGCACCACCACAGUGUACGCUCAGAGCGCACCACUAUCACCACUACCACCACCACGCUAUUCGUGCCCUCCCAGCCCUGCAGGCAUUCGGGCCGCGCGCUCAGCAAGCUGCUACUGGAGAAAACAAUGGUCAGCGAGACCGACGUCUACCUCACCCCCAACUCCACCCUGACGGGCCCCCCUGACGUCAUCCCGCGCCACAUGAUCCAGUCACCCUCUAUCGAAGAGUACAAGACUCCGGACGCGACGCUCAUCAACGGCCACGACAGUUCGUUUGCGAUGCCGACCUACUUCGAUAAAAAGAAGAAAGUUGCCUCCAAUAUUAUCAGUGCCGCGGUGGAGCCACUCACCAAUUUUCAAAUAUUCAAACAGAAGUCGCUGAACACGAUCCCGGCUCUCCUCGAGAAGAACAAGAAAAACGAGGAGUUGUUUAACAACUUCCCGUUCCUGACGCCGCUCGCGCACAGGAAGAACUCUCUCGUCUCGAAUGCGAACCGGCUCUCCGGCUGUAUAGAGGACGAGUUCUAUUGCAUUCCCUCCGAUCCCGAAGUGGAUUUAGGCUCUUCGGAACGCAUAGACAUCAGACAUCGGUUCAGGAGUCUCUCUAACCAAGCGCUGAAUAAAGAAAAAGUAGCGACGUCGACGCCCAAGAGCACGGCGGAGGCGGGCCUCCCGCGGCUGGGGUCGCGGCGGCCGGACGCGCUCACGCUGCGCCACAGCUACAGCGGCAGGAACCCGUCGUCGGGCUCGCUGACGGCGUCGGCCUCGGAGGGGGGCUCGCUGGAGCGCGCGCGGCCGCCCGACCGCCGCAAGCGACCGCCCGCCGACUGCGAUGACGCGCCGCACGUGAUAUCUGGACGAGUGGAGAACACUCGCGUGAAUCCCGACUCUCUGAUCGACGAACUGCUCGCAGCCACCGAUCUCAAGCAGGCCGUCGAAGACUCGGCCGAGACGUCGGGGCUGCAGCUGUUCAUCACGCGCGACGGCACGGCGGAGCUCGGCACGCGGCCGCGCGCGCCCCUCGCGCGCCGCGACCUGCAGCGCGUCGUGCUGCACCCGCACGACAACAGGUGAGGCCGCGCGGCCCCGCCCCGCCCCGCCUGGGAUGUUGUUGUGGACAGUAUUACUUGAGAUUCACAUUCGACCUGCUCUGAUUGUGUAUUAGCUUUUAUAUCAGUCCCGCAGUGGACCGCGAGCAAUGCAUAUACAUAUAUUUAUUGUUUUUAUAUAAUAUAAAUUAUGCCAUAAUUGUUUUACGACUCGUAAUUUAAUGUUAAUUAUUAUUAUUCGAUAGCAGAUCUACAGAGAAUGGUUGUGUUCGUGCAAUCCGAGAGUUUUGUAUGAUUUACAUUAUUUUUACUUCUUUUAAAUGUAAGUAGGAAACUUUUCAAUUAUAUGACGACCUACUCGACGACUGAUUGUUCCUAUAUUUUGCGUAGCGUCUGUGCUUCCUCCACUCUCCAUAUAGUAAUGAAAGUUGAGUACAGUAAGGGCCCGAACUGGUCAGGAACGGCCCUGGUGGGGCCCGGGUCCGGCCGGGUGGGACCCGGGCCGAGCUGUGUUGUCGUUACUAUGAAGUGCUCACAAUGUGGUGCUACGUCAGCGCGUGUCGCCGACGCACGAGACUGCGAAUCGCGCGAACUUUUGUUAUCGAUGUAUGUACUAAUAUUAUUAUAAUUGAUUAGAAAUUUGUCACCCAUUAAGUGAAUCAUGUAAUCGAAACAGUACUUCCAAAUCCCUCCAUAUAUUUUCAUUGUGAAUUUUAUAAAAAAUUAUAUAGAGAGGUGCCAAUCGAAGAUGAAGCGCCGCUCUAGUGGGGAGAAAGUGACAGAUAAUCAAUAGUGCGAGGAGGUAAAUCUAAGUCAUUCCUUUGCGUAGCUUGAGCGCGUGGCUUGCCGUCAACCUAGAGGUCCGGCCGCGGGCUGUGCGCGGGACCCUCAAACGAUUAUGUAAUCAUUGUAAUAUUUUGGGGAUCAAGGACUGAUUUAUUAGCCUGAUUAUAUCAUGACAAUACUUUUGUUCCGUCGAGUGUUCAUAAACGUCGCAGUGUUGAGCCCCGCCGCACAGCCGCGGCCGGCCCGCGGCCCCUCGCCGGGUGUCGCAAAACUUUGUUAAUGAAAUUACCAAUGAAGCGCAGCCUCCGCGGACUGCGCUGUGGGCCGCCCGCUGCGGGCGACGUCCGACACGCGGGUCCCGCCAGACCCGCCGGACCCGUGAGUCCCGCGGGUCCCGCGGGUCCCGCCAGACCCGUCUCGUCGGCCGCCGCCCGCAGCCAGAGCUGCGGCCCACGUUGUUAUUGUAUCAUAUACUAUAAAGCCUGUACAGUAUUUGAAUAAAGGACGUGUCUAGAGCUAAA